AUGGAGGCCAGCACGGAAGAACCGCUCAGCCCCGCGCAAAUGGACAUUGACCCCGCUGACCCCACACCCGCCCCCGCCCCGGCCACUGCUGAGACUUCUGACACCCCAAUUGCAGGGCCCCCCACCACCACCACCGCAGAGCGCCCCCUCGGCCCUGACGGUAAACCAAUCUCAAAGUCCGCCCACAAGAAGCUGCUGAAGCUGCAGCGCCUCGCCGAGACACGCGAGCAGUGGAAGGCCGACAAGAAGCGGAAGCUGAAAGAGAAGAAGCAGCGGGACCGGGAGGAGCGGGAGGCCGCUGCCGCCGCCUCUACCGGCACCAACAAGCGCAAGAAGGACGACGGCGAGGAUGAGGAGGACGGGACACAGGACGACGAGGAGGAGCAGGAGGGGGAGGAUGGGCAGCCGGCGGGGAAGAAGUUGAAGCAGAAGCAGCCGGCGGCGGGGGCGGGGGCGGGGGCGGGGGCGGCACUGCCGACUGCGACGGCGGGGGUGAAGAGGGUCGUGGAGGAUAUAACGCUGAUACUGGACUGCGGGUUUGACGACAAGAUGCACGACAAGGAGAUCGUGUCCAUGUCCUCACAGCUGACGCGCUGCUACGCCUUCAACCGCGCCGCGCCGCGCCAGUUUAAGCUCGCCGUCACCUCACUCAACGGGCGGCUGCUCGCGCGCUUCCAGAACGGGCUCAGCAACCACCAUCUACACUGGAAGGGCAUCACCUUUUCCGACAGCGAGUACGAGGUGACGGACGAGAACCGCGGGAAGCUGGUGUAUCUGACGGCCGACUCGGAGGAUACGGUGGAGGACCUGGUGCCGGGGACGAGCUAUAUCAUUGGUGGGAUUGUGGAUCGGAAUCGUUAUAAAAGCCUCUGCUACAACAAAGCCACCGCGCAAAACAUCCGCACCGCAAAGCUCCCCAUCGGCGACUACAUCAAGAUGUCGUCGCGCUUCGUGCUCACCACCAACCAGGUCGUCGAGAUCAUGCUCAAGUACCUCGAGUGCCGCGACUGGAAGCAGGCCUUCAUCGCCGUCAUCCCGCCGCGGAAGCAGCCCGUCGUGAAGCCCGCUACGGCGAAAGAAGGUGCGGAUGACAAUGAUGGCGAGAAGGAGUCUAGUGUUGAGGAUGGGGAUACAUAG